AUGUCGGAGGCGGUGAUUCUCUGGUUCCUGCAAAACAAAAAAUCAAUCCAGAUUCAGGUCAAUCCGCAGCGGAGCACAAUCUCGACCACGAAGAAGUCAAAAACGUCAUCAAGAGCUUACAAGGUUUCCUCUACAUCGAAGCUAAGGUAUCACCACCACUUUCGAUUGGUAAUUACAGAUCUAUGCGUUGUGGAGGAACUCAAACGGGAGACAUUGGUUUUGCCUGAUGAUGGGAAGAAAUAUGCGGCGGAAGGAUCACCGGAUAUUCACUUUUUCUCGGCUAUUCCUGAGGAAGGUAGCAUAUCCAAGGAUGAUCUCGAGAAAAUGCUAGAUCCUUCUGUUUUCAAAACUGGAAGCACACAAGCUGCUAAAAAGAGGUGGGUUGCAAUGGGAAAGCAAGUAUCUAGGAAGGAACUUGACCAAGAAAGUCUCAACUUUCUCAAAACCAGGAAACUUAUAGUAACACAGGGAUGGACAGGAUAUGCUGAUGUUGAAAAAGGUCCUAAUUAUGCUUCCAAAAAAAGAGAAAAUGGGUACUCACAUGUAGCUGGAAAGAGUUGGAAUUCAAGGAGUAUAACUUCAAUGCUAAGGGACAACAUCUUGAUGCUGGCCAUCUCCAUCCCCUUCUUAAGGUCUCAGCUUCUCUGUCCUUUUGCCCAUAAAAUCAACAAAUUUUCAGGUCUGAACUUUAUUCCCAGGUCCCUAUUUCCUUCGAUCAUCUAA